AUGGGUUCAAGCGGGCUUGUGCCACGCUCCAGCUUUGCAACAUGGUCCAUAUGUCACCUGUUCACAUCCAGACGAAAUUGUCGAAUAUAUCGAUACUAUGUAUCAGUACUAUCACUAAAAAGUGAUGAUUGCAAAUCGAAUAAUGCUGCAAGCAAUUUAUUUCGUGCUUUCGCUUUUUUUAUCAAAAAGAUCAAUGAUGAUUCUAAGUCGUUCAAGAACGAACUCACGCGGCUGGAAGAUUUUUUGGCAUCAUACAAAACGAGAUUCCUCGUGAGCGAUAAUUUAACUCAUCAGUUCGAGAUCUCGAAAUCAUUCCGGCAUAUAAGGCUGUAUUUAGGUCGAGGUUAUUCCACUGAAUCAUUUAAAAGGAGUUAUCCGAGUGGUCAGGAAAUCAUUCUUUACUGGGCUGAUCGUUCUGAAUUUGAAUUCACGAAUUCGAUCACAAUUAUGCCAACAAAAACCGACCUAUAA